UGUGUAAUUUUUUUCCUUCUCCUUUCCUCUCGUGUUUUUUUAAACCAGCUCUGGAUGUGUAGAUCGUCACAUGUUGUUUCUCCCUCCUCAGUGCGGACACUAUAGCAGACAUGUGUUAUUUAUUGCUCAGCUUUUGGAGAAGACGGACGAACGCUCAACCGGCUCUUGGAAUAAAGGAUUAAAAUAAAGCGCGUCGUUUUCUUCAGCAACUCGGGGAAAGGAAGCAUUGUGUCUGAAAGCGAAGGACACGAGAAUGGCGAGUCCGCCAAACACGGGAGACCAGCCGAUAAUAGCCACUACUAAUUCAAACGCUAACAACAAUAUCAAGAAAUGUGGAUAUCUAAAGAAGCAGAAACACGGACACAAGCGCUUUUUUGUUUUGAAGGAGCAGAGCGAAGGUUUCCCUGCCCGGCUGGAGUACUACGAGAGCGAGAAGAAAUGGAAAAACAAAUCGGCCGCGAAGAGAGUUGUUCCUCUGGACUGCUGCCUCAAUAUCAACAAGAGAGCGGACGCGAAACACAAAUACCUUAUCGCUCUUUACACCAAGGAUGAGUAUUUUGCCGUAGCGGCUGAAAACGAGCAGGAACAGGAGAGUUGGUACCGGGUGCUCACGGAUUUAAUGUCAGAGGGGAAAGUAUACGACGGCUCAGCGUCCAACUCUGCGUCCUCGCUGGUUGGCUUCGACGAGGCGAGCUAUGGUGUAAUAACGCCGGUUUCCGCCACCUACAAGGAGGUCUGGCAAGUAAAUCUGAAAUCUAAAGGCUUGGGGCAAACCAGGAAUUUGACAGGGGUGUACAGGCUCUGUCUUUCCAGCCGGACUAUCAGCUUUGUAAAGCUAAACACGGAGAUUGCCUCUGUCAUAUUACAGCUGAUGAAUAUCCGGAGGUGCGGCCACUCUGACAGCUUUUUCUUCAUCGAGGUUGGUCGAUCUGCAGCCACGGGACCAGGGGAGUUAUGGAUGCAGGCUGAUGAUUCUGUGGUGGCGCAAAAUAUCCAUGAAACUAUUCUGGAGGCGAUGAAAGCCAUGAAGGAGCUGUCGGAAUUCCGUCCGCGCAGCAAAAGCCAGUCAUCCGGUACAAACCCUAUCUCUGUGCCCACACGGAGACACCUCAACCAUCUCCCCCCAAGCCAGACAGGGCUUCCCCGGCGGUCUCGCACUGACAGCAUGGCUGCGACCUCUCCUGUGAGCAAAUUUUCCUCCUGUCGAAUACGCACAGCCAGCGAGGGUGAUGGCACCAUGAUCCGCCCCAUGUCAGUGAGUGGCAGCCCCCUGAGCCCCGGGGGCCACAGGACACUCCUGAGCAGGUCUCACACUAUAACAGCUCGCCCUUGUCGGACAUUUGAAUCUUCCUCCCUCCAGCACAGUAAGUCCAUGUCUAUCUCCCUGUCUCACUCCCCACCAAUGGUCACCCCCAGCCCUGUGAAUCUGUCCUCGUGCGCAGACAGCAGUGCCCCUCGCCCCUCCAGCUGCAGUGCCUCCUUCUCAGGCUCCCCUAGUGAUGCCGGUUUCAUAUCAUGUGAGGAGUACGGCUCCAGCCCUGCUGAUGCACGAGACCUGAGACUACCGCUCACCCUGCGGAGCAACACCCCGGAGUCUCUCAAAGCUGAUACCCCACCCUCUCGGGAUGGCAGUGAGCUUGAAGGCUACAUGGUGAUGGAGCGGCAGAAGCAGAGUGGCUUCCGUCGGCUACCAGAGCUGGACAAGGCUUACCGGAAACGCACUUAUUCCCUCACCACUCCCCGGCAGCAGAGAGGUCCCCCCCAAGUAUCCUCAGCCUCCCUGGAUGAAUACACUCUUAUGAGGGCCACCUACAACAGUGGAAGUCAUUCUACUCGCAGGUGUCACACUGCGUCCCCCAAAGGGACCUACCCUGAGGACUACAGGGACGUUCAGAUCAGUGCUGGCAGUGUCAAAGGAGACAGUGGCUACAUGCCUAUGAUGCCAGGUGUGGCGCCUCAGACACCAGGAUCAAGGGAUGACCCUUACAUGCCCAUGAGCCCCAUGUGUGUUUCUGCACCAAAGCAGAUCAUCAACCCCCGGUCACACUCCUCCUCAGUUGGGCUGGCCCCACGCACUGACUCCCCUGGGAGUGUUUCUUUGGAGGACAGCGGUUAUAUGCGAAUGUGGUGUGGAACAAAGAUGUCAGUUGAGAGCACUGAUGGAAAGCUCACCAAUGGAGAGUACCUGAACAUGUCUCCAGUUGACUCUCUUGUGUCUCUCACACCCCCAGAUUUCAUCCUCAGUCCGCCAGGUGGAGACCCCCACCCCCAGCAGCCUCACAGACAGCCUUAUUCUUACAGCUCUCUACCACGCUCGCUUAAAAACCAGUUGCAGCGCAACGGUUCCACAGACACAGACCAAUAUGUGGUGAUGAGUUUACAGAGACAACGAAUAGAAGAGGAAUCCAACUAUUGUCCUAUUUCUCCAGGAGAUUCUGAAGCCAGCAGAUCUCCGGUGACACCAGGUACGCCUUCCUCUGCAGCAUUUCUGCACAGAGUGACACGGAUAGAUGGAGGUCAAGUACAUCGCAGUAGGGUUGGUCGGCCCACUCGCCUGGCUCUAGAAUCUCUAAGGACUCUACCAUGUAUGAGCGAACACCCCCUUCCCUCAGAGCCACGCAGCCCCGGAGAAUACAUCAACAUAGACUUUGGUAAUUCCACCCAAGACAAACUGUCCUCUGCAGUGUCAGAGAAGUGUGAGUCCUCAGUGUGUGUAGAAAGAACAUCCUCUCCACUCUCAGACUAUGCUAAUGUUGAUGUCGGCUCCUCAAGUCAGCUUGGCUCUCACCAAACAGGGGGCUCCCCCUCUGCAGGGAGCCUUCAUUGCAUACCUGAAGUCCUCACUUGCCCUAGUCUGGUGAGCGCCCACCAGAACAUGCAGGGGGGAGAGGAGGAGAAAGAGGGGGGAAGCACAGAGGGGGUCUCAGAAGAGAGGGGGAUGGUAGAGGAGUAUCCUCUCCAACAGCAGGUGAGCCUGGUGUGUCAGCCGGCUCUAGUGAAGGAUGACUACACUGAGAUGACUUUCAGUCCUCCUGUGCCUCUACCUGCUCUCUGCACCACUGAUGCUGCUCCCCUCCCCACCAGCCCCACUACAGGUGUCAAGAGACUCAGCCUGGAGGGCAGCAUCGUGGAAGGGGUUCCACCUGAGCCACUGGACUCAUUCCUCCUAGGGGGGCCUUCAUUAUCAGUCACCCUCCUAGACCCGCACAGGGGGGCCAAAGUGAUUCGGGCGGACCCUCAAGGGCGGCGGCGGCACAGCUCCGAGACCUUCUCCUCCACCACUACUGUCACCCCUGUCUGCCCAUCCUUCGCCCAUGACACCAAACGGCACAGCUCGGCCUCUGUGGAGAACGUCUCCCAGACUGUGUGCAGUUCUGAAGGACCCGACGAGGACUACAGCAGCAACAGCCCCAUGUGCAGGGAGAUGUCAGCUGGGUAUCAAAACGGACUUAACUACAUUGCCUUAAACUUGAUGGAGGGAAACCUUGGAGGGUGCCGGCUAGGGGACUCCGAUGGACUCCUGAGGUUCAAGACCGCCUGUGGGUGCAAAGGGGGCAUGAAUGGUUUCAAUACCAGCCCCUAUGCCAGCAUGGGAUUCAAGGAAACUGCUGCUGCUGUCAAAGAAUGAAGGCUUGCCCCGCCCCCUCCUCUCCUCUGCUCCCUCCCUUUUCCCUUGAACGUUGGAUUUCGCUGAAGCCAAGUGACGGGGUCGCCACAGUGACAGCUGGACCAUGCACUGCAGUCAAUGUCCUUUGACCUCUUCGCCGCCUUCGAGGGUCACGGGAAUGGCCAUCACCAUGGCAACACGGACACUUGACCCUUGCCCCAAAUCUUCCCUCCACUUUUUCUCGGCACCAAAACAUUGGGGCGCCAUCGCUGCUGCUGUAUUAGACGACUUACCAGAUGACAAGGACUUAAACAGACUUUAACUCUAGUUAUAGAUAGGUAACUAUUUAUCUCUUUGCAUAGGCCUGCAAAAUUAAUUCUGCAGUAUAUCGUUAUGCUAAUUAUUUUUAUUGUUCUUAUGCCAUUCAUACACUUUCAGAUGGUUUUCUUUUAGCUUCUGACUCUCUCACCUGAAAACCUGUGAACCAAACCUGGAGAGCAUUGUGCGCACACACAUACACGCAAAAAACAACCUGUCAUGCAUACAGAUUACAUAUAUUUAUUUAUUUAUCAUGUAUGCUUGCAUUCAAUGAAGUGUGUGUGUGUGUGUGACUUUGUAUAAAGAUUGUACUGCAAAAAAAAGAGGUGGCAUUUAUGAGCAUAUUUAAAAAUCAAAGUUAACAUUUGCUUAAAGAGAAACCCUACCUCAGCAAAAAACCAGGUUGGUACCAAUUCACACAGUAGAAAUAUAUGAAAAAUAUUUAUUUUCAGAGGUGAAUGUUUUUUAAAGAUCACCAAUCCAAAGCCUUACUCUGUCUGUCAGUUCCUGUCUGAUGGACUUUUUUUAAGUUUGGACCUAUAAACACGCAGUAUAUCAAAGAUUACGUGAUCAUUUUACCGACUGAAUGUUCAGCAGAGCCAAGUGAAAGACACAGCCUCUCUAAGAUCACCCCCCCCAGCCACAUUACGAGACAAUGUAAUAAGAUUCAGAGUAAUAUAUUUAUUAAUAUGCCAGAGAAGGAGGAUUCACAAACACUAAAGGAAUACUUGACAUCACCUUGCAUCACACAUGCAUGCAGGUGUAACAUCCCAACGCAACAGUAUGAACCAGAUCUGUGGCCUGUCUGAGCCCAAGCCUCAGCACCUCUACACACUUCACUUACUCAGCCACUGUUCUCCUGUGAUAUCCUGCACACAAACACACGCGCACACACACACAUCCUGCAGGAUGUUAUGACCUGUCACAAUAAAGGAUGGGAACCUGAAUGUUAUUUAUAUCUCGACAGCUCAGAAUCUUACAUUCUCUCACCUGAUGCCUCAUUGCAGAGCUCAGUCACACCACGUGUUUCUGGCUGGCAGGUGCAAGCAAGCAAGCGCCGAGCAAUGUGGCGAAUGCACGACCCAGUACGAGCCGCUGUUCAGUGAGCCGCUCGAACGCUCCAACCCACGGCCCCUCCGCUGAUAGUGAGCCAGGCGGGGGUGUGCUGGAGCUAAAUGCAUGGUCUUGCACUUACAAACUUUUUUAGAUUGUAACACAAGACACGUUGAAUGUAGUACACGCUGUGUUCUGAGCUGGGGAACACAUGAACCCAACGAAGACCAUGACAGACUGCAAAAACAACAAUGAAGCAUGCAGAGGUACUGCAAGGAAACUAUGACACAGACACAUGUGGAAUAAAGGAAACAAAGCAGGGGAAGUAUCUCUUUAUUUAUCUGAAUUCACUGGUACUUAACCUUUGCCUAUAUACUGUAUAUAGAAUGAUGUUGCAGAGAAUGACAUUAAAGCAGAUGCUGAGAAACUUUGAGAGAUGUUAAGUUAAAUAACUUAUGUUGUUUGUGCUGUACAUAGUAUGUGUUUGAGUGACAUUUCUGAUACAACAAAAGCACUAAUUAAGUUAUAUGCUAACCGGUAUGGUUUGGCUUUGAUUUUCUUUCUUUUUUUUAACUGUCAUGGGAUAGUCUUGUGAAAUGGAUGCCACUAUGAGGACAUUUUCUAAUGCUGUAAUUCUGACAAAAAGAUUUUCAAGAUUUAAAGAGAAAUCAUUAAUACUUGACACAAUUAAUUCUUAGGUACAACACAAAUGGCAUAUAUGCAAUAUUUACACUUUUGAAAAUUAGUUUACAAAGACGUACCAAAUGUAUAAAUACUGUUAAUAAUGUUUGUUAACCUUAUGAAUCAGAUUUUUGCUGUUUGUAAGUUUUUUUCCUCCAAAUUUGAAAUGAAAACUUUUUUCUGUGUGUUUUUUGCUAAUCAAGCCUCUUGAUGUUUUGAGCAGUGUUUUUUGCAUUUGGAUAAUGUUUCAAGUUUUUAUUCAGCAUCUAAAGGUUACGAUAUGGGCCCUGGCUUCUUCUUGCUGUGUCUUUUCAUUGUACAUAUUUCAUAUCUUGCAUAUUGUGAUGCUACUAAGAGACGAUAAUUUAAACUUAGUUCAUUGCUUUAGAUUGUAUUGAUUCUUUAUAGACACAUGCAAUAAAUAAUGAUGUUAUUUAAGAAA